AUGCUGCUCUUUGCACUGUCUCACCUCAGCCUUCCUCGCCGGACGCCGAUCGCAGAGCUGACCAAAACCAUUCCAUUUCCACGCCGCACCCUUGCCCGACUCCUCGCCGACGAGACAACUUCCACACCUGGAGCACGAAUCGACUCGCCGCCCUUUGAGGCGGGCGGCAGCAGCUGGCAAGUUCAGCUGUACCUGCUUGGCGCCGGCGAGUCCUACGCCGACCGCGUCGGCGUCUACAUCAAGCGACUUGCAGGAGGAGGCAAAGAGGUGGACGCCACCUUCGCGAUGAGCCUGCAGGUGCUUCCCAGCCCCGCGGCUCUCGAGGUGGCGCCGGCCGCUCGAGCGCCAGGCUGUGUCCGCGGCAGCACCUUCAGAUGCGGCAUGACCUUUUGCGAAGCCAAGGAGGCGGGUGAGUCGGUCGGGCGGUGCGACGACUGGGGAGCCCACCUCUACUCUUCGAGCGACCUCCUGCGCGAACUCGAGCAGAAUGAGCAGCGCGUCCUCGCCGUCGACGCUAAGCGUGUGGGGCGAGCGGCCGUGCGCCAGCGGGUCGAGCUUCGCGGCGCUGGCGGAGCAGACGCAGCGGCUGCCCGCCGGCUCGAUCCGGUGCGGAGAGGCGCCUACCGCUGCACGCCGGGGCUCGAGUACCGCGUGAUGCGCAUCCUCUCGGCGGAGGGCGAGCCGCGCUUCGAGUGCGACACGGCGAGCGGCGAGGGCGGCGUGGUGCGGCGCUGA